CGAUAUCACAAGAGCAAUAGAAAUAUAUGCUUCAUUUUCGAUCUUUAUAGUGUACAACUAUCAUCUCGUUAUCCAUAUAUACUCUGACUUGAACAUAAGCUGAUAUCCUUCAUUCCCCAGUUCCUCCUUCCCAGCAGAAUGGCGCGCAUCGCCUUUGCGCUAGCAUGUGCCCUAGUUCUGUUAGCUUCUUCAGUAGCCUCUGCUGCCACAGUCGAGCAUUCUUUCCUUGUGAAUAACUUGACUGUUACGCGGCUGUGCCAGAAUCAACUGAUAACUGCAGUUAAUGGGAAGUAUCCAGGUCCAACAAUUAGGGCAAGAGAGGGUGACACUCUUGUCGUUCACGUCUUGAACCAGUCUCCCUACAACCUUACAAUUCAUUGGCAUGGCAUCUUUCAGCUUCUAAGUGCAUGGGCGGAUGGACCUGUAUAUGUAACCCAAUGUCCUAUACUUCCUGGAAAAAGCUUUACAUACAGAUUUAACAUCACCGGACAGGAGGGUACUCUCUGGUGGCAUGCACAUGUUUCAUGGCUCCGGGCAACCGUCUAUGGCGCCCUCAUAAUCCACCCAAGAUCCACUCAAUCCUACCCCUUCCCUAAACCCUACCUGGACGUACCAAUUAUGUUAGGAGAGUGGUGGAAUGGUAAUGUCGUUGACAUUGAGAAUCAAGGACUCGCCACCGGAGGUGCUCCCAACGAUUCCAAUGCUUACACGAUCAAUGGACUACCCGGCGACUUUUAUAAUUGCUCUCAAAACCAGAUGUAUAAGCUGAAUGUGGUGAGGGGAAAGACCUACAUGCUGCGCAUAAUCAACGCUGCACUCAAUAACCAACUCUUCUUUGGCAUAGCCAAACACAACAUGACAGUGGUAGCCGUCGACGCCUCCUACACCACACCCUACGUCACAGAAGUCGUCGUAGUCGCGCCGGGGCAGACCACCGACGUUCUCAUUACCACCAACCAGCCUGUCGGAUCUUACUACAUGGCCGCCACUCCAUACGCAAGUUCAACCAUACCAUUUCCUAACACAACCACACGCGGAGUCCUCACGUACAACGGCUACACGUCCUCGAGCGCCCCUCUCAUGCCUGCCCUUCCCAACCCUCGUGACACGUCAACGGCGCAUAAAUUCUCUAGCAAUCUGACGGGGCUAGCCGGCGGACCUCAGUGGGUUCCUGUUCCGCUUCAGGUGGACGAGCACAUGUUCGUGACAAUGGGUGUGAAUCUGGAUGUAUGUGCAGAAGGUAUGACAUGUCAAGGUCCACUUAACAACAGACUGUCCGCGAGUAUGAACAACGAGUCCUUCGUACACCCUACAACACUCUCAAUGCUAGAAGCAUCAUUUUCCAACGUGAGCGGAAUUUACACCACCGAUUUCCCCGAUAAUCCUCCGGUGAAGUUUGACUACACGAACGCGAACAUCAGCCUGGACUUGGACCUGAUCUUCGCCCCAAAAUCUACCAAAGUCAAGAAGUUGAAGUACAACUCGACUGUGGAGAUCGUGCUGCAGAACACGGCCUUUUUAGCGAUCGAAAAUCACCCUAUUCAUCUUCAUGGUUUCAACUUCCACGUAUUAGCUCAAGGGUUUGGAAACUAUGAUCCCACUAACGAUAGCAAGAAAUUCAAUCUUGUCAAUCCACAGUUACGUAACACAAUUGGUGUUCCAGUCGGAGGAUGGGCGGUAAUCAGAUUUCAAGCUAAUAAUCCAGGUGUAUGGAUGAUGCAUUGUCAUCUGGACGUGCACUUGCCCUGGGGUCUAGCCAUGGCGUUUGAGGUGGAAAAUGGACCAACUCUUUCAUCUACUUUGCCUCCACCACCACUUGAUCUACCGAAAUGUUAAAAUCCUCAACUCGAUUCCAGCAGAAGAAGCUAGCUAGUGUCACUACUAUUAUAAUAUAUUAAUUGAACAUUUCUCUGUUUUUUGUUUGUUAUGAUAUGGUUUAAUUUGGUUAUCAAUUUCAUUCAGUUAUGAUUGAAUUGAAAAUAAUUGAUUUGUAAUAAAGUUAAUAUAUGAUUGUCAAUUGUACUGUAAACAAAGCGUCAACAAUAAUUUUACUGUA